UCAUUCGAUCUAAACUUGGGGAAUGAAGUUCACAUGAAAUCAGGGUGGCAAGAAGUCUUCUGUUGUGACACAAAUGUAACCAUCAGCUGUUGGAUCUUUUCUCUGACUUUUUUUUCAAUUUUGUUCAAAAGCAAGCAAAAAGGGGGACACCGGAUUCAGAGACUGACCUUGGACGGACGAUGGAAGGGUAUGGUUAUGAGCACUUUGGUGCAGAUGGAGAAAGGGAGAGCCAGAAGGUGGAUUAUCGGAGAAUUGUAGGAGACACUCAGCCCCCACGGAGCAACGUUUCAUCCCAGGAAGGUGAACAGUGUGUCCGGCAAACCUCACAUGGACAUGGACAUGAAACUGCAGCCCAGCGUUACAGUGCCACACGCAUCCAGGCCGGUCUAGGCCCAGAGAGCAUGGCGGAUUACUUGAUCAGCGGUGGUACAGGCUACGUCCCUGAAGAUGGACUCUCCGCUCAGCAGCUCUUCUCGAUUGGAGAUGGACUUACAUACAACAGAUCUGACCAACAGUGCGUUGUCUCCGAUGGUCAUACGGCUGAAGAGCUAUGCUCUAAAGGAGAUGGGUUGACUUACAAUGACUUCCUGAUAUUACCUGGCUUCAUUGACUUUACCUCAGACGACGUGGACCUGACAUCAGCGCUGACCAGGAAGAUCACACUGAAGACGCCGCUCAUCUCCUCCCCCAUGGACACUGUUACAGAGUCAGCUAUGGCAAUUGCUAUGGCGCUAAUGGGAGGCAUUGGCAUCAUUCACCACAACUGCACACCAGAAUUCCAAGCCAAUGAGGUCCGCAAGGUUAAGAGGUUUGAGCAGGGCUUCAUCACAGACCCAGUUGUGAUGAGUCCGCGCCACACAGUCGGGGAUGUGUUUGAGGCCAAAGUAAGACAUGGCUUCUCCGGCAUUCCCGUCACGGAGACGGGCAAAAUGGGCAGCAAACUGGUGGGCAUCGUCACCUCCCGAGAUAUCGACUUCCUUUCUGAGAAAGACCACGGCAAGUCUCUGGAGGAGGCCAUGACGAAGAGGGAGGAGUUGGUAGUGGCUCCAGCCGGUGUUACACUUAAAGAAGCCAAUGAUAUUCUGCAGCGCAGUAAAAAAGGCAAGCUUCCCAUUGUAAAUAAUAACGACGAGCUGGUGGCCAUCAUUGCCAGGACUGAUCUGAAGAAGAACCGGGACUACCCACUGGCCUCCAAAGACUCGCGCAAACAGCUGCUGUGCGGCGCCGCCAUCGGCACCAGGGAGGACGACAAAUACAGACUGGACCUGUUGGUGCAGGCGGGAGUGGAUGUCGUUGUACUGGACUCUUCACAAGGCAACUCGGUGUAUCAAAUCAACAUGAUAAAUUAUAUUAAACAGAAGCAUCCAGAAUUGCAAGUGGUGGGAGGAAACGUGGUUACAGCGGCACAGGCCAAGAAUCUGAUCGACGCCGGUGUCGACGCUCUGAGAGUCGGCAUGGGCUGCGGCUCCAUCUGCAUCACACAGGAAGUCAUGGCAUGUGGGCGGCCCCAGGGGACCUCGGUGUACAAGGUAGCAGAGUACGCCAGGCGCUUCGGCGUGCCAGUCAUCGCUGACGGCGGCAUUCAGACUGUGGGCCAUGUGGUGAAGGCUCUGUCUCUUGGCGCAUCGACCGUUAUGAUGGGCUCGUUGCUAGCGGCAACCACCGAGGCUCCAGGGGAGUACUUCUUCUCAGACGGCGUGCGGCUGAAAAAGUACCGCGGCAUGGGCUCCCUGGACGCCAUGGAGAAGAGCACCAGCAGCCAGAAACGCUAUUUCAGUGAGGGCGACAAUGUGAAGGUAGCCCAGGGUGUGUCAGGCUCAGUCCAGGACAAAGGCUCCAUCCACAAGUUUGUACCUUACCUGAUCGCUGGUAUCCAGCAUGGCUGCCAGGACAUCGGGGCCAAGAGUCUUUCUGUUCUCCGUUCCAUGAUGUACUCUGGGGAGCUGAAGUUUGAAAAGAGGACCAUGUCUGCACAGGUGGAGGGAGGAGUGCAUGGACUCCACUCUUACGAGAAGCGGCUUUACUGAGCGGGGGGAUGGAGUGCAGAACAUCGGUGCACGUGACACGCCCAAUCUAACAGUGACCAAAUGUUAAACCGCCACUUCUGCUAAAAAUACGCACCGCCCACUACACUCUCUCUGCCCCUGUCCUCGUCGUAUCCACCGUUACUCUCUCUCCCUCUCUCUCCCUCUCUCUCUCUGAUCCCAGCAAACGGUUAUUGGGGGGGGGGGGGGGGGAAAGAGGCGUAAUAGCGAACUGAGAAUCUUCAAACUGACACCAGACACUCUGAACACCUGGGAUUUUGCUAUCAAGAAGUGGCGCAUCUGGGUUUUUGGUAUGCAGCCGAUCCCGAUUUUAAGCAUGUAUGUUGACGGUAGUGAGAAUGAACUGCGUGCGUGUUUGGUGACAUUACGGUGCGUCUGGCAGCGUGAGUAUAGCUUAACUUGUGUCUUGGGGACAAAGAAAGUGAAGGUGCACUGUGUUUCUUUGUCCCGUUAAUAUUAGUGAGUCUAAACACAGCCAUGGUGCAAAUCACAUCAGCAUCUUAUCUGGCUUUUUUUUUGGGAUCCACGCUUACCAGCACGCUCGCAUCCCAGCACUUAAACACACGAGUGCGUGCAAGAAACGAGACGACACACUUUCUACGUUGCGGUGUGUCGGUGCAUCAUGGCAAUCUUACUUCUUUUUAUUUUAUGUGCAUUUUUAAGUCAUCACAGGUAUGAGCUACUUAAUGAACAGUAGCCACUUAUAUUCAGCGCAUAUUGUUUACUUCCUGUAUUGUGGAUCCCGAGGUACGAGACCUUAGCUGCGACGCUUAUCCUGUAGACUUCAUGUCCAGUGUCCCCCCCUACAAUCAAUAGCCAGAACCCAACCAACAGUGGACAUUAAUUUUCCCUUCAACGACCUCUUGACAAUUAAUCAGUGUCCCAUCUCAGUAUCAUAUCGUUCAUAUGUUGAGCAUGGAAGGGACCAACGAGCUGAAGAUCAGGUAUGUUUGAAAGAAAGAAGACAAAAAAACCCCCGAAAAAGUCAAUCAAGAGUUCGCAAUGAGGAGAAAAGACUUUCUCUGCCCUUAAUUUGAAUACUUUUAGAUAAAGCAAACUUUAUAUUAUAAACCUGUAUAGUCAUGGGGGGCUUUGAAUUGAGCAUGAAAUGUUUUUUGAUAUGCACGUUUGUUUUUUCACUAAGCCAAACAUGGCUGUAUUUAUAUUCUGCUUUAUUGCAUACAUACUGCCAAGUGUCUUUUCUUUACAGUUCCUCUGACACUUUUCUUUUGUAAAUUCAAAAAACCAAAAUUGGCGCAAGAAGUCGCUCGUUACCUUGUCAAUUGUUCAUUCCUACGUUCUCACAGUGUGGCAUAGGUUCUCUGUGACGCGGAUAUUUUAUUUCUGAUUUAUUUGUUUCUUUUUUACCGGAGAUAUGCCUUGAAACGGGGAUGAAUAAAGGCUGCACGACAAGCUCAGUGAAAAAAGCUUAAUGCUCCACACCCUCUCGCCUCUUUUUCUUACUUUGAAACGGCGUCGCCGUGUUCGUUAUCAUUCAGCUUAUGUAGGAGUAGGCCUUUCUAACAUUUUCAUACUGGAUGUCCUAUUUUAAAAACUUAUUUUUCUUUCUUUUUUUUUUUUAAUAAAAUGUCCCAGAUUGUAAGAGUUUAGUCGCUUUCUCUAACGUACUAAUGUAAUUUACCCUGCCCAGGGUUCACGUGACUAACUAAAGCUUUGCAAUUAGACUAAAUUGCAAAAAUAAAUGUACAUGAAAAUAUAUGGAGAAAUGUAUACGUAUAUCCAGUUGGAAAUGACUGCUGCUUGUUUUCAGUUUCCCGUUUCCCCAUCUAAAGAAUUAGUUCAGGUUUUUUUAAAUGUCUUAUUUGUAAAGUACUGAGUCCUGUUUGUCCAUCUAAAAAGCCAAGUGUUAGUUUUUUUUUUUUUUUUUUUUUUUUUUAAUAAUAAGUGUUGCACUUAUGUAUGAUUUUCAGCUGCAGUGUAUUUGCAAAGAAGCUACAGUUGCCAGAACGUUUGUGGUAGCUUCUGCAACCAACCCCCAAAACGAUGAGCAAGGACUUUUUAGAUGGACGGAAAAGACUGUAUUCAAUAAAUCAUCAAGGGUUUCUGAGGAAUAUCACUUCAGAACAAGAAAGUUGCUGUUUUCAAUAUGGUAAAAAAGAAUAAAUAAAUCAAACUGUG